UCGGAUAGCCAUUAUCGUAAACACCCAAUAGCUACACUUCAUUGAGGCCGUGUUCGCCGCGCAUGUGCGAAAAUUCCGUCUCGCCUGCCAACACUGACUAGCAGUAGUCGCUGCCGUCGCUGGUAGUCGUAAAGAAUCGGUGGGAGAGGUAGGAGGACGAUCAUCUGGAGCGCACCCUCGUCGUAAUGCCAUCCGAACGAACACCAACGUGGCGACGAACAAUUGUAUGAUGUAUACGCGCGCGAAGGGCGAAACGUUACGCGAUUUGCCGCUGACAGCUUGGUCCUAACCUAACUUCGUAUCGUGUCUUCGGAAGAAUCUCAGUAUUGUACUGAAAACAUGAUGGCCAAUGGUAUUCAGAAUUCAGCUAGACGAAUUGAAGACAACUUGAUGGGGAAUGAUGUAUACCACUCCGCGUCGUCGUCUUCGUCGGCCCUGGGUUCUCCCCUCAUGAAGUUGUCCUCAUAUUUCCUGGCGGUCCGACCAUGGUCGUUGAGCGCGUCGCUGAUGCCAACGCUUCUCGGAUCCGUUCUCGCUUAUCGACUAACGGGCCCGGCGGACUUCAGUUUGAUAUCGCUGAUCCUUACCGUUUUCAUAGUGCUUUGUGUGCACGGCGCUGGUAACGUGGUGAACACGUAUUUUGACUAUGUGAAGGGCGUUGAUAGCAGAAAAAGCGAUGACAGAAUAUUGGUAGAUCGUUUAUUAUCCAAGGACGAAUUGGUCUCCCUGGGGGCGUUCCUGUACGCAGCGGGCUGUUUCGGAUUCGUCCUACUGACACUCGCCUCUCCCGCGAAGAUGGAGCAUCUGGCUCUUGUGUACUUCGGAGGUUUGUCCUCGUCCUUUCUCUACACAGGAGGCGUAGGAUUAAAAUAUAUCGCUCUGGGCGAUGUACUUAUCUUAGUCAUAUUUGGUCCAAUCUCAGUUGUAUUUGCGUUUAUGGCGCAAACUGGUUACGUUGAGCUAGGAACAAUUUAUUACGCGAUACCUCUCGCCUUGAACACCGAAGCUAUUUUGCACAGUAACAACACGAGGGACAUGGAGAAUGACAGGAGGGCCGGAAUUGUAACGCUCGCUAUUCUAAUAGGUCAUACCCUGUCUCACAUUUUGUAUGCUUUUUUACUGUUUACACCGUAUAUAAUACUUACAGUAAUAGCGUUAAAAUAUUCCAUUUACUGGUUUUUACUGCCAGUGGUUUUUACUGUGGCAACCCCCUUUCGAUUAGAAAGAGAAUUUCGCAAUCCGGAUAAAAUUCAAGAGGUGCCUAAACAGACAGCCAGAUUAAACAUGAGUCUAGGUAUUUUGUAUGUUACCGCUUGUUUGUUUGAGAGCUCGCUUCCCUAUCUGUAAAUUAUUUAUGAGGUUUUCGCAUCGUCCUGGAUUACUCUUUUUAUCCAGUAAUCCUGGUGAUACUUUUCUCAGUGAAAUUUCAUCCUGAGGCUCAAUUCUGUACCACAUACCGACAACUAUCGGUGUCGUUGCGUAGAUAUUUUAUAUAGUAAAAAGCUGCGCAACGACACCGAUAGUUAUCGGUAGCCGGUACAGAAUAGAGCCCCAGAUUUGCAAUUAAAGGUACAACUUUAGACGAUAGAAGAAAAGUUAAAAGAAAAUGAUUUGUUUUAUUCAUUUUUAUUUAUUAAUUAUAUUUAAUGUAACCUUGCGUCCCUCUCGUAACAUAAUUUACACACGAGUUUUUUGUUAUUUUUGUUAUUUACAAGAGUAAUCCAAGAUUGACAUCCUUGAUAAAAUGAAAUUUCAUCAAGGAAAUUUUUGAAACAGCGUACGUAUUGGUUUGUUAACUGACAAAUUUGAUGAUUUUAUAAAAAUCUGUGAAUGGUCGCAAAUCAUGCAAUUAUUUUCAAAUAAUAUUUAGCACAAGUAAAAGGAAAUAUGAUUUGUUUGUUAAAGAUGUUUAUGUCACAUUCGCCUUAAGUACAAAUUAAUUCAUAUCAAUUUCGAAAUGUUUGUUACAAAAUUAGAUCUUCGUGAUUUUUGAUCUCGAAUAUUGUUUCAUACAGCGCACUACAUUGUCAUAUUUGCGUUUCGAAAUUUAUUGCCAGUAUUGAAAAUAUAUAAUACACGUAACAUGAACUAUAGAUUUUCAGUACUGGCAGAGAACUUCGAAACACAACCUCUAUAAUAAGAUAAAAUGUCAUUCUCGCGCGAAUGUUAAGACUUGAAAAACGGAGGGUUAUAAUAUAAUCCUUAAUUUGUCUUUUAAUUUUCACCUAAAAAUAAAUUAAAUCUUUUAUAUGAAUCGCUUAAAAUUAAACUUCUUGAAACAGA